AACAACAACCACAACAACUCCUCCGAGCUCGAGCCACAGCGACCAGAGCGCUUCGAGCAUACAUAGCAGCAAGAGCGCCCCGGGCGUCGUGAAAACGUCACAGGGCUCCCUUCAUCCGCUCAAGUCGUCCUUUCGCGGCUUCCACCUUCGGACGAACAAGCGAGCCCGAUCGCCCGUGCCCGCCUCACUUCACCUACAAGCGCCUACCACCGGCCCCGGAGGGAAUGCUGCCCACACCAUGACGGCCUCAUCACCACUGAGCUCUAGCUUCCCGACGUCGCCUACAGCUGGCGACGGCGGCUGGCACGAUGGAUCUAGCUCGCGUGUUCCUAAGAAGAAGCUUCCAGCGUUCCUGAGGCUGCCAUUCCAAGAGAUUGAGAGCAAGUUCGUAGACUUGCAGUGGCAGGAGCGGACCCGAAUCGUCGAAGGAAUGAGAGACCACUCCCCGUCAGGCAGGUUUCGAUCUACACUGCCGCUCGAGUCUAAGAAGCUCGAUCGGUACCAAAACAUCCAGCCUUGGACAAACAACAGAGUCAAACUCAAGGUUCCGAAUGGAUGCCUCGACUACAUCAACGCCUCGCCCCUCAAGGUGUCCUCGCCCCUAAACUCCAGCAAUCGGCCAGCGCAGAACUUUAUUGCCAUGCAGGGUCCGAAACGGGAGACAGUAGAGCAUGUCUGGCGCAUGAUUGUCGAGCAAGUAGACAGUCCAGCCGUCAUCGUCAUGCUGACAGAAACACACGAGGGCAUCCAGGAGAAAUGCUACCCAUACUUCCCUCGUACGGUGGAAGAGGAACCCAUCGAGAUCGGCGAAUCUGAUGAGUUUGGGGAUGGCUUCAAGGCACAAGUUCGAUGCGACAGCGUCGAGAACUUGUUGGACGGGGCCAUCGAAGUACGCAAAUUGCUCAUCCACGUGGAUGGGCAAGAUGAGGACAAGAUUGUGUGGCAUCUGCUCUACCGCAAAUGGCCUGACUUUGGUGUGCCGUCUAUGGAAGAUAUUGGCAGCUUCUUGGAGCUCAUGCGGCUGUCCCGGGAGAAGAACAUGGACGCAAGCAACCCCAGGAUCGUGCACUGCUCGGCCGGAGUUGGCCGUAGUGGCACAUUCGUCACGCUCGACAGCCUCAUGCGGGAAGUCGAAUCUGGAGAACUUGAGGACUACGAUGAGCACCACUCAGAGGAUCUUGUCUUCGACACUGUCAAUUCGCUUCGAGAACAGCGCCGGGUGAUGGUGCAAUCGGAGGCGCAGUACCUCUUCAUAUACCAAGUGCUCCGGGAGCAGUGGUUUGAGAAGUACGGCGUCGUCGACAACAGUGGCGAGCCGGCGGCGAAGAGGCUCGAGCUCGAUGAGCAGCGGGAUCCAUUCACAGAAGAGUGAGCAGUUUCAGAGAUUGAAAUUGACUUUGGAUUGGUGCAACUGGCCGGGGCGAGGCAGGUACUGUCGGGUACUCUCUCGUGCUUCACUGCUUUUGUUUCGACUUUGCGGAGUGCACAUUUAUUUCUU